AUGGAUCCAGAGAACCUGCCAGUCAUUAACAACUAUCUGGACGCCAAUGAGCCCAUGUCCUCAGAGGCCCGCCUGAGCCGCAUGCACUUCCAUGACAACCAGAGGAAGGUCGAUUAUGUGCUCGCUUACCACUACCGGAAACGUGGGGCGCACCUGGGCCAAGGCUCCCCUGGCCACUCUCUGGCUAUCGUCUCCAAUGGGGAGACGGGCAAGGAGCCCCAUGCUGGGGGCCCCAGCGACAUUGAGCUGGGGCCGCUUGAUGCCCUGGAGGAGGAGAGGAAGGAGCAGCGGGAGGAAUUUGAGCAUAACCUGAUGGAGGCUGGGCUCGAGCUGGAGAAGGACUUGGAGAGUAAAAGCCAGGGAUCCGUCUUUGUCCGGAUACACGCCCCAUGGCAGGUGCUGGCCAGAGAGGCAGAAUUCUUGAAGAUCAAAGUUCCCACCAAGAAAAUGUACGAGAUCAAAGCAGGAGGUAGCAUUGCAAAGAGGUUCAACGCGAUUCUGCAGAAGUUGAGCUCGCCCCUGCAGCCCAGAGUUCCAGAGCACAGCCACAACAGGAUGAAAAACCUCUCCUACCCAUUCUCCAGGGAGAAAAUAUACCUGUAUAACAUCCAGGAAAAGGACACCUUCUUUGACAACGCCACCCGUAGCCGCAUUGUGCACGAGAUUCUGAAGCGCACAGCCUGUUCUCGAGCCAACAACACGAUGGGGAUUAACUCUCUCAUAGCAAGCAACGUCUAUGAGGCUGCCUACCCUCUUCACGACGGUGAAUAUGAUAGUCCAGGGCAUGACAUGAAUGACAGAAAGCUGCUGUAUCAAGAAUGGGCACGCUAUGGAGUGUUUUAUAAGUUUCAACCUAUUGACCUCAUCAGAAAGUAUUUUGGAGAAAAAAUUGGACUGUAUUUUGCCUGGCUGGGAUUAUACACAUCAUUCCUCAUCCCGUCCUCUAUAAUUGGGGUGAUCGUGUUUCUUUAUGGAUGUGCAACUAUCGAGGAAGAUAUUCCCAGCAGAGAGAUGUGUGACCAGCACAAUGCCUUCACCAUGUGUCCCCUGUGUGACAAGUCCUGUGAUUACUGGAACCUCAGCUCAGCCUGUGGUACCGCGCGGGCCAGCCACCUGUUUGACAACCCUGCCACCGUCUUCUUCUCCAUCUUCAUGGCUCUGUGGGCCACCAUGUUUCUGGAAAACUGGAAGAGACUACAGAUGCGGCUGGGCUACUUCUGGGACCUGACUGGCAUAGAAGAAGAAGAAGAACAUGCCCAGGAACACUCCCGGCCUGAGUAUGAAACCAAAGUUCGAGAGAAGAUGCUAAAGGAGAGCGACAAGUCUGUCGUCCGGAAAUUGGAAGCAAAUAUGACUGCGAGUGAUGAUGAGGAUGAUGAAGAUAAACUGACCUGGAAAGAUCGUUUCCCAGGUUACUUGAUGAACUUUGCCUCCAUCUUGUUCAUGAUUGCCCUGACGUUCUCGAUUGUCUUUGGGGUGAUUGUGUAUCGGAUCACAACUGCAGCUGCUCUGUCUCUCAACAAGGCCACACGCUCCAAUGUCCGGGUGACAGUGACGGCGACGGCGGUCAUCAUCAACCUCGUGGUCAUCCUCAUCCUGGACGAGAUCUACGGCGCCGUGGCCCAGUGGCUCACCAAAAUCGAGGUUCCAAAAACAGAACAGACUUUUGAGGAGCGCUUGAUACUCAAAGCUUUCUUGCUGAAGUUUGUCAAUGCCUACUCCCCCAUCUUCUACGUGGCCUUUUUCAAGGGGAGGUUUGUGGGCAGGCCCGGAAGCUACGUCUACGUGUUCGAUGGUUACCGCAUGGAAGAGUGUGCUCCAGGGGGCUGCCUCAUGGAGCUCUGCGUUCAGCUCAGCAUCAUCAUGUUGGGAAAGCAGCUGAUCCAGAACAACAUCUUUGAGAUCGGAGUCCCGAAGCUAAAGAAACUAUUUCGGAAGCUGAAAGAUGAGACAGAACCUGGAGAAACGGACUCUGCCCAUUCAAAACAUCCAGAGCAGUGGGACCUAGAUUACAGCUUGGAACCAUACACUGGGCUGACUCCAGAGUACAUGGAGAUGAUCAUCCAGUUUGGUUUUGUCACCCUCUUUGUGGCCUCCUUUCCUUUGGCACCUUUGUUUGCCCUACUCAACAAUGUCAUUGAAGUGCGGCUGGAUGCAAAGAAGUUUGUGACAGAGCUAAGAAGGCCAGAUGCUGUGAGAACCAAAGACAUUGGAAUUUGGUUUGACAUCCUCUCUGGAAUCGGCAAGUUCUCUGUUAUCAUCAAUGCUUUUGUCAUCGCCAUCACCUCCGAUUUCAUCCCACGACUCGUGUACCAGUACUCCUACAGCCACAAUGGGACUCUGCAUGGCUUUGUCAACCACACCCUGUCCUUUUUCAAUGUCAGCCAGCUGAAGGAGGGAACGCAGCCGGAAAGCUCGCAGUUCGGCCAGGAGGUUCAGUUCUGCAGGUUUAAGGAUUACCGCGAGCCGCCAUGGGCCCCGAACCCAUAUGAGUUUUCCAAACAGUACUGGUCCAUUCUGUCCGCCCGCCUGGCCUUUGUCAUAAUCUUCCAGAACCUCGUGAUGUUCCUGAGCGUCCUCGUGGACUGGUUGAUCCCGGAUAUCCCCACGGACAUCAGCGAGCAGAUCAAGAAGGAGAAGAGCUUGCUGGUGGACUUCUUCCUUAAGGAGGAGCACGGGAAGCUCAAGCUGACAGACGAGCCGGCGCGGAGGAGCCGCGGGGCGGAGCACGCUGGCAGGAGCCGGGCGGCCAGCGCGACACCCUCAGGCCGUAGCCGGCCGGGCAGCGUGUGGUCCUCGGGCUCCCAGCACACCAGCGUGUGA